AAAAAAAAAAAUUCUUUCUUGUACGCAAACCGAGGAAUGAGCAAACCACAAGGGCCUUCAUCACUCAAGAGAAAAAGACUAGACUCAGCUCAUGGCUUUGGAGGAGCUCUCAUUGAGCAUGAAAAAGUGCUCCAUGAUCUGAUUUGCAGCAAACAAAAUAUGGGAAUUUGGAUUGGAGACAUUAGAAAAGAAACAAAAUAUGCUGAUGGUGUGGUAAGAAAAUUACUCAAGUCCCUUCAAGCUAGAGGCCUGAUUAAACUAGUUGAGCACUAUCAAAACAAAGGGAAGAAAUUCUACCUGUCAAAAGAUUUUGAACCAUCGAAAGAACUGACCGGCGGUAAUUGGUAUAGUGAUGGGAAGCUAGACCAAGAAUACAUCAAUACACUUAAAGGGUUUUGUGCUAGAAUGAUACAGAAGUUGAAAGUGUCUACAAUUGAAGGGACUGGAUCUUUCAAAAAGAGUGGAACAUCAAAAGUUGACUUGUCUAGAGAGCAAAUUGAAGAGAUUGUAAAUGCUUUGGUGUUGGACAAUGAAGUCAUGGAAGUAAAGAGAACCGGUUCAAGGGAGUUUGAUUUUAUUCCUGUUAGGAAGAUUUGUUAUAAAUGUUAUGCUAAAGAUGUCAAAGGGGAGCCCAAAACAGGGGCCAUGGCUUCUAUUCCUUGUGGAGUUUGUCCAAGGAUUAGUCAUUGUACCUUAGAUGGCAUCAUUUCCCAUAGGACUUGUAUGUAUUACACAAAAUGUUGGAUUUUUAAGUUUGAAUCCGUUCUUUAGUUUAGUUUUAAGAGAAUAGAUUGGUGAGAAUUCCAACAUAUGUAGUGUAAGGGUCCAACCAUACAAACUAUGCUCGAGUUGGCAAUUUUAACUGAGUUUUAAGUUACCUAUAGUUGUCUUCCUCUCGUCUAUUUUACUCUUCACUGACAAUAGUUGUUGUAGAAGGGAAGACAUUGAACAUCCAACCACACAAACUCUACUCGAGAUGAC